AUUCGAUAGCUUAUGAUAGAGAAAAUGUACGUCAUGUGAUUGUGGAUUCUUUUUUUCGCACGAAGCAGUCACCUGUCGGCCGAGAAAAAUACAAUUACGCCUGCAAUUCGAUAGUCGAGAAAAAGCAGCAACAUGGCGGCCCAAAUUCGCACCGUGGUGACCCAAACGUUCCUGUGGCUCUUCCUCUCAGUGGCCACCAUCCUGACCCUGUACUUUGUGAUGACGGGCAAGGGUGAGCGUGUGAGUGUUGGCUGGUUCCUGGCCUCCUCCAAUCCCUACAUGUGGGCGUGUCUCGGCAUCGGACUUUCCGUCUCGCUGUCCGUGGUGGGCGCCGCCCUUGGAAUUCACACAACUGGCACCAGCAUCGUGGGUGGUGGUGUGAAGGCUCCCCGCAUCAAGACCAAGAACUUGAUCUCCGUCAUCUUCUGCGAGGCUGUCGCCAUCUACGGUCUGAUCACAGCCAUUGUUCUCUCUGGCCAACUGGAACAGUUCCAGAUGGAAACGGCCUUGAACUCGCCCGCCAUCCAGAACACCAACUGGUUCUCCGGCUACCUCAUCUUUGGAGCUGGUCUGGCCGUCGGCCUGGUUAACCUUUUCUGUGGUAUUGCUGUCGGAAUCGUAGGCUCGGGCGCUGCUCUCUCUGACGCCGCCAAUGCUGCGUUGUUCGUCAAGAUCCUUAUCGUGGAGAUUUUCGGCUCGGCCAUCGGUCUUUUCGGCCUGAUCGUGGGCAUCUACAUGACCUCUAAGUCGAAGAUGGGUGACAAGGAGUAAAGAGGCCACUGUAGCCAUCGUAAUGCAGUUCUUCGCCCUUCAAUCAGCAUGGAGAACAAAUAUCAGGCACCAAGGCAUUCCCCCCAUCCCAAUGCAGACACGCAAGAGACCAGUGUUUGCUUUUUUUUUUGGAAAUUACAAUUAGAAGAUUGUUAUUUGCAGUUACAGCUCGCAGGAUGACACACAGAAACCGAACCCCGAACUUCGUUCUGCCGAAACACUUUAAACUGGGACUUUAGUUACUUAUUAAGUUGAUAGUUGGUUAGUUAAGCUGUUAGUUUUCACGCCUCGCACACUUUGACAAUCACCAGCAUCAUUCAAUCGAUUGCAGAGUGUGCCUGGUGUGAAAACGACUGAGUUUUGUUUUAAUAAUAUUCUUUUGCCAAACGAAAGACAACGUGUGUGUGUAUGUUCACUUAUGAUUCUAAGUAGUUUGUUAUGUUUGUUUCUACGCUGGCACUUGAACCGCUAAUUGAAAAUGUAUUAUAUUAAAUAUCAUAAAACGAUAAACUUGUAUAUUUCAAACUACUGUUGAUGGCAGAAGUUGUAGAAAGAUGCACAGUCGCAUUAUUAUUAUUAUAGAAAGUAUUCCAUAUUAAAAAAAGUAAUAAAAUAUA